UUUUGCAAUGAAAUUUUAAUUUCCAGAAGGCCAGAACAGAAUUUCCAAAAGUUCCCCUUGGAAAUAAUUUCACGCUUUUGCGACUUGACAUGGAAACAGGAAAUAUACGCAAUACGGCAAGAAGGAUGCCAGCUCGUCUAUGAAAUUCAUUUCUUGCAGGUGAAAAGCCGGGAAAACAUACAAGGUUUGGUUACGGAGGAGGUCUUUUCUGUCUUCUCCGUCCAUCGUUUCUUUCUCCACCACCACCGUCUAGUUCUUAGAUUCGGGGAUGAGUUCGAAGAUUCAAGGUCCUUCGGCGCCAGCUGUUCGUCGGGACCCUUACGAGGUCUUGAAUGUAUCAAGGGAUGCGUCGGAUCAGGAGAUUAAGACUGCGUAUAGAAAGCUUGCUCUCAAGUACCAUCCUGACAAAAAUGCAAGCAACCCUGAAGCCUCAGAACUCUUCAAAGAGGUGGCAUAUUCUUACGGUAUAUUAUCUGAUCCAGAGAAAAGAAGGCAAUAUGAUACUGAUGGGUUUGAGGCAAUAGAAAACGAUAACAUGGAUAUGGAGAUUGACUUGUCCAGUCUGGGAACUGUCAAUACGAUGUUUGCAGCACUAUUUAGUAAGCUGGGCGUCCCCAUCAAGACUACAAUUUCUGCUAACGUCCUUGAAGAUGCUCUAAAUGGAACUGUCACAGUUAGACCUCUUCCCAUUGGAACAGCAGUCAGCGGAAAGGUAGACAAACAAUGUGCCCAUUUCUUUGGUGUAACUAUCAAUGAAGAACAAGCACAGACAGGGAUUGUAGUUAGAGUUACUUCAUCUGCACAGAGCAAAUUCAAGCUACUAUAUUUUGAGCAAGAAGCCAAUGGUGGUUAUGGGUUGGCUUUACAGGAAGACAGUGAGAAGACUGGUAGGGUAACAUCUGCCGGAAUGUAUUUCCUACAUUUUCAAGUAUACCGAAUGGAUUCAACUGUUAAUGCGCAGUUAGCAAUGGCUAAAGACCCAGAAGCUGCUUUCUUCAGAAGAUUGGAAGGUCUCCAACCUUGUGAAGUCACGGAACUAAAAUCUGGAACUCACAUAUUUGCCGUUUAUGGAGAUAACUUUUUCAAGACUGCUACCUAUACAAUUGAGGCACUUUGCGCAAGAUCAUUUGAAGAUACCACAGAGAAGCUUAAGGAUAUUGAGGCUCAAAUUUUAAGGAAGAGAAACGAGCUACGACAAUUUGAGAUAGAAUACAGAAAAGCAUUGGCACGCUACCAAGAAGUGACCAACAGAUGCAACCAAGAAAAGCAAUCUGUCGAUGAGCUGCUUAAACAGAGAGAGAGCAUCCACUCCUCAUUUACUAUGGAUAGGCCACCCAAUAAUGCUAGUGGGAGUGGUACUAGUACGAGUGGAAAAGUCCCUGGUGAGGAUUCAAAGGCUGACAGUCUGAGCGAUGAUGGAAGUUCAGAUGGGAAGGAUAGAGUGGCCAAGAAGAAAUGGUUUAACCUUAAUCUGAAAGGAUCUGAUAAAAAGUCUGGCUGAGAGCGGUCGUCAAUUAAAUUUGGCAGCAUUGCUUGCUAUGGAACCCCAGGCUGGAGAGGUUUAAAAUUCCAAAUCCAAACCCACAUUCUUGUAGAGCAGUCGCAUGCUUGCAUCCAGCUAAGGUUAACCCUUUACUUUCUCUAUUCGAUUUUUUCCUGCUUAACUUCUUCAUUUUUAUUCUUUUUGUUUGCUUUCACCAAAAGUUGUUAAUUAACAGUGCUACCAGAUAUUUCAUUUAUUUUUCAUUUUACUGGGCAAUAAGGGACAUUUCAAUGUGAAGGUAUCUGUCAUCUGUAUAUUUUAUAUUCACUGUAUUGGGUUCUUCAGCUCCCAAAUUGUUACUGUAGCUAUUUGAAUAUAUAAAGUUGUGAAAUUGUAAUAAAAGAUUGAUCCUAGGUUCUUGCUAUA